CUUCCGGUUAUUCCUCUCGGGUUUAAUGACGCUGAAUACAUGCAGUACUACUGCCACCUACUGGACUGGAUGGUGGAUAUUUUUCAACAUAUUCCAAGGCAAAUAUGUUUCUGCCCCUUGAAAAGUAAAAAUGUAUAUUAGUCAUAAUUAUGAGAGUUAGUUAUGAUUAUGAGAUAGUAACUCAUGUAACUCAAAUAGGAUUUUUGUGAUAGUAUAAUUAUUAUGACAUAGCAUCUCAUAAUUAUGACUUAAUAUCUCAUAAUUGUGACUUAAUAUCUCAUAAUUGUGACUUAGUGGCUUAUUAUGUCAGUUAUGACUUAAUAUGUCAUAGUUAUGACUACAUAUCUAUAAUUAUGAUUUAAUAUAUCAUCAUUAUGACAUAAUAUCUCACAAUAAUGACGUAAUAUCUCAUAAUUGUGACUUACGUGUGUAUUGUUUUUUUCUCUAAAUGGCGGGAACGGUCUUCCUCACUGUUCACUGUGAAUAAAGUUUUAAAAAAGGUAGAAAAUGGCGGAGGUUCGUGACUCGCGGCUGUUGUGCGCAUGCGCAGUAAAGAGACCUGUCCACGCUGCUGCUGCUGCUGCUUGUUCUUCACCUGUUGUCGUCACUUAUAAUCAGGUAACUGCAGCAGACCACACGCUGCGUGUGUGUGCGUGUGUGUGGACGCUGUCACGCGGUAUUACUCCACUAUAACCAGUAAAAAACCCAGUAUUAACCUGUAUUAACCUGUAUUAACCUGUAUUAAGCAGUGUCACGGAGCGGCGGGAAUCAUUCACUCAUUCAUUUAUUCAUUCAUAACGAGUUUGUGAGCCAUGAAUCCACCGGAUAACAGAGACGAAGUGAACACGACAGGAGCAGCAGGAGGAGGAGGAGGAGGAGGAGGUGGUUUGUAUCUGGAUGCCUACGAAGUCUCCUUCCCUCUGGAGGAGCGUUUGGAGAGACCACCGUCUUAUCAUCACCUGAACCAGGGCCAGCAGAUGAUGGAUGAGCCUGUGGGGCAGGAGCCCGCUCACCCUCACUACAGCCCCUUCAUCCUGGUGUCAAACCUGCGUGCUCACCUGUACGUGGCUCUGGAGAAGAACGCCUGGCUGCAGAAACGCAUCGAGGAGCUGGAGGAGGAGCGCAACUUCCUGCGCUGUCAGCUCGACCGCUUCAUCGUCAGCAUGAGGAGCCCGGAGGAGUGGUGUGCAGACGCUCAGCGCAGCAUGAAGGUCCAGCCCUCCUGCUCUCCCCCGCCUCCCUCACCCAUGACCACCCGCUCAGGAAUGACCCUCAAACGCCUGCAGGCGCCCGGAGCUCGGAGCCGCCGCGCCACCGCCGUCCCAGUCAAGCAGGAGUUCCACGUGGAGGAAGAAAAAUACUACACUGAGGACGAGUACCUGGAGGAAGAGGAGGAAGACGACGAGGACGAGGACGAGGUCGCAGAGAAGGGGACGAAGAAGAAGAACCGAGGACGAGGCAGCGCUGAGCCCAGGAUGAAGAUGAGGAGGAUCUUCAGGAUCACGCACGGGAGGGAGAGACAGAGAGUGAAAGACCCAGACGGCGUUCUGAUCCGUUACAAGAAGAUUCUGUCCACGUACCAGCGCGUGAGGAGCAUGUCCCGGGCGUUCCAGAUCCACGGCGUCGACCGGAACACCAUGGCCUCCACCUCGCCCAUCGCCGAGCUGCUGCUGGUCGCUCCGGACAAGAUGGCAGAGGUGGGAGAGUUCGAGUCGUCGAAGGAGAAGCUGCUGGAUUACGCUCGCCGCUGCUACAAGACCAUGGACGAGCCCACGCACGGCAAAGUCCAGACCAUGAAGAAGAAUCACAAGCUGCUGCCCAUUUCGUACCGCUUCAGAAACUGAGCAGAGGCGCUUCACUGACACACUCUGACAUUCAUUUAUUUAUCGUGCAGCAGGAUGUUUUUUUGUUUACCUUCACUGAGAGAAUCUGCAUCACGUUGACUUUAGUUCAUGCUGAAAACUUUCUUGUCUGUUUGAACGUUGGAUGAAAUCGGACGAGUUCAUUUUGUGUUUGUUUAAUUUAUGACCAACUAUUUUGUGUUUAUUUAAA